AAUAUGGAUAAAAUAGAUGGAGAUUGACUUUUUGUACAAGAGGGAGGAGAGAAAAUGGAAGAAAGAAUGAUAAUGGAGAAAAUACGAGAGCAUCUUCACCUGAGCGAAGACGUUGACGUCAGUGAUGCACCGCGAAAAGCAGAGAAAGGAAGAAGCUUCUACGAGGAUUUCAGCCUCAGAGGCAUCCGAGUCAACCGAGUCGACCCCGGUUUCAUUUCAUGCUCCUUCAAGGUCCCUCUCCGUUUGACGGACAGAGAAGGGUAUCUAGCAAAUGGUGCAAUUGCAAAUCUUGUGGAUGAAGUUGGUGGAGCAGUUGUAUAUGUUGAAGGUUUGCCCAUGAAUGUUUCAGUGGACAUGUCCAUUGCUUUCCUUUCAAAAGCCAAGCUUGGUGAGGAGCUGGAGAUAACUUCGAGAGUGAUGGGAGAGAGAGGAGGUUAUAAAGGAACCAUCGUUGUAGUGAGAAACAAGUUGACUGGAGAGAUUAUAGCUGAAGGUCGACAUUCUUUGUUUGGCAGACACCCUAGUAAGCUCUGAAAGAUGAUCUUAAAACUUGUUUCACUAUUUCGUUGUAUGUAGAUAGUCAAUAAAAGACAAUACCAUUGUGGAUUUGUUAAGAUCAUCUUCAAUGUAUUUCUCUCUUGGUAUAUUGUAAAAGACUAAAAGAUGAUCUUAAAAGCAAAAAUUCAGAAAAGAUAUAUCAGCG